AUGACCACUGUCACUCCCGAAGUCACCUGGGCGCAACGCUCAUCCAGCGACGACCCCGAGAAGAACUACGUAUACCUCACCAUCGUCGCCGCCGAUGUCCCCGAGUCAGAUCUGAAGUUGGAUCUCAAGGAGCAGUCACUUAGCUUCAAGGGCACCUCAACAUCCAAGAAGGUCACAUACGCCAUCGACCUUGAGUUCUUCGCCGAGAUCGACCCCAAGGAGUCCAAGAUCAGCCACAGCGGACGCGACGUCACAAUGGUACUGCGCAAGAAGGAACUCAAGGAGGAGUACUGGCCUCGCCUGCUCAAGGACAACAAGAAGAUGCACUUCCUGAAGACUAACUUCGACAAGUGGGUUGACGAGGACGAGCAAGACGAGGCACCCGAGGACGAUUCCAUGAACCAGAUGAACCCAAUGGGCGCUGGCGGUAUGGGCGGUGGUGACGGUGGCUUCGGCGGCAUCGACUUCAGCAAGCUCGGCGCAGGCGGUGGCGGUAUGCCAGGAAUGGAAGGCAUGGACAUGGCCAGCAUGAUGCAGGGCAUGGGUGGUGCCGGUGGAAUGCCCGGCAUGGGAGGCAUGGGUGGAGAGGACAGCGACGACGAUGAUGACGACAUGCCCGAGCUUGAGAACGACGAGGACAGCAAGGACAAGGCAGCACCAUCAGGCGACAAGCCCAAGAUUGAGGAGGUUGCGUAG